AUGUUGAUAAAAAAUCUAUGGAGACGUACAAAAUGGACUCGAUUGACCAUCGUUGUGACCGAGAUCACCCUCGUUUUGGUACUGUGGUAUCUAAAUUGUGUUAAAUUCUAUGACAUAGUUAGACAUAACGGAUCCGAAUAUAUUAAAUAUGAACCAACGUUUGAGGAAUUGAUGAGCUUGUAUCAAACAACAAUUCAUCAAGCUAACCUCAGCGACAUUCCUCCUCCUUCUCGACGUCGUGCUCAGCUGAUGAAACCGUUGUCCGUGGACGCCAGAGAAAAUGCAAGGUCCAAGAUAAUGGAAUACCUGAAUACAAGCACAACUUUCAGGAUAUUUCGACGUGACAUCGAGCCCCAAAACUUUAAGUUUGGCGUCAACUUGACCACAAUCCUACACCAGAAUCAAACGGACGUACUUCCCUCCCCCGUGGGUCACCGAUGCGCCGUGGUAGGUAACUCAGGUAUCCUUCUAUCAAGUCUGUGUGGACACGAGAUCGAUGAUUACGACUUUGUCUUCCGGUUGAACCUUGCCCCGGUAGACGGUGAAUUCACCAGAGAUGUGGGCGCCAAAGUCGAUCUCAUUACCUUGAAUAAGAUGGAGCUCGUCCAGCUUGCCAAACUCUCAACGGGUCUAAAGACUCAGAAAGAAGGCUGGAUGUAUAUCAAUAGACUUAAUUUCAUCACCAAUAAGAGUAUCAUAUGGUAUCCGAAGGGAUUUCCAGAUAAACUGAGUAAAAUAGCUGUUUCCUUCAGAGAUACCCUAUAUCUUCAACCGGCUUGGGCGUAUAGUCCUGAAUCUCUCAUGUACCUGGCAUCAAGAGUAUGGAAAAUCCCAGUGCCUUCGACUGGUUUAUCUGUGAUGACUGCAGCUCUACUACACUGUGAUGAAGUCACCAUGUAUGGAUUUUAUCCUUUCCCAAAAGAUACCCGAGGACGACCCUUGAGGUAUCAUUAUUAUGAGCCCAAUACAGGCCCAUUUUACUCAAAGGGGAACAGUACUAUUGGCGUUCACAGGAUGCCCAAGGAAUUCGCGCUUUUACAACAGCUAGCCGUAGAUGGCGUGCUCCGAUUAGUCACAGAGCGGUGUUACGAGGAAACUUGA